AGUGUUACCAAGCUCAACUUAUGUAAGUUCGGCACUGUUUAGCAAGAAUCACGCAUUAAGUAACUUCGUCGUAGUCAAAAUUGUGUCGAAAAUGUUGUUGAAAUUCGCCAAAACCCUCACAUCGCUACCACAAGCUCCCACAUUUGCCAGAAGCACCAUCCGAUCUCUGUCAACCACGAAGCAAUGCUUCGCUACGACGGACUCCACCGGUGGACAGGAACUACAGCUCACCUACCUCACCGAAGAUGAUAAGCAAGGCAUCGCCGUUCUGGGACUGAACCGUCCGAAGGCUCGAAACUCCUUCAGUCGAUCGCUGGUGAAGAACCUGCUGGAUUCGAUCGAGGUGCUGGCCCACGACAAGAACGUUCGGGUGGUCAUUUUGCGCAGUUUGGUGCCAGGAAUCUUCUGCGCUGGAGCCGAUCUGAAGGAACGGGCCACCAUGUCCGUUCAGGAUGUCGGUCGGUUCGUAUCCAAGUUGCGACUGAUGAUGACCAACAUCGAGCAGCUGCCAGCACCGGUUAUUGCUGCCAUUGACGGUCCCGCUCUAGGGGGAGGUUUAGAAAUGGCAUUGGCUUGCGAUAUGCGAGUUGUGACGAGCAAUGUCAUGCUGGGUUUGGUAGAGACCAAGCUGGGAAUCAUCCCCGGAGCUGGCGGAACUCAGCGUCUUCCGCGGAUCCUGAAUCCGGCGAUUGCUAAGGAGCUGAUCUUCACCGCCAGGCAGAUUACGGGAGAGGAGGCAAAGAAUUUGGGUAUAGUUAACCACGCGGUGAAGUCCAACGAAGAUGGAGAUGCUGCCUUCCAGAAGGCCUUGCAGCUGGCUAUGGAGAUUGUUCCGAAUGGGCCGAUCGGAGUUCGGAUGGCUAAGAAGGCCAUUGAUAAGGGCCUUCAGGUUGAUCUGACAACGGGUUGUGCCAUUGAGGAAGCAUGCUACGCACAGGUUAUUCCAACUAAGGACCGCCUGGAAGGGUUGAAGGCAUUCAUGGAGAAGCGGAAGCCAAAAUUCAUCGGGGAGUAAUAGGAGAUUAUUAUUUUCAGUUACAUUGAAGAAACGGCUAUGUGAUACGAAAGUGCAUUUAUUUUUUUUAUGAAACGCAGGUAGGCUGAAAGCUCAGGGAAACAAUCUUUCAAUGUUUUUAAAACGGAGGCCUGUAUUUACAAUAAAUAAUGAUGGAAUCAUA